AAAUUUAAUUAAAAAGUAUUAAAGUCGGGAUCGUGGAGUCGCGACGCGAAUUGUCGACGAAACGACAGAGAAUGAUGUAAAUGAGUAGUUGAUCGAUGCAGAUGCAAUUACCAAGGACGUAUUAAUAGUUGUUGGGCUAUGUUCCUCGGUGAUGCGCGGCAAAAUACUGCUGUCUGGAGAUUGUUGAGAGGGUAAAGGCGUCCCGAAGCGGUCGUUUCAUUCAGUACACCGAGGACCGUAGUGCCGGUGAGACUAGUAUCUCGUUCCGCGGGCGACUUUCGCAUAGGUACGCACUUACGUCUACACUGUGCUUUACUCUUUCACCAUACUUUUCGAAUUCUAAUUCGAGAUCGCGAGUGACCUUACUUGGUGAAUGCUCCAAAGGAUUAAUAUUACCUAAGGGCUGCGCGAGACGUCCAGAAGUGUGCCGAACCACGUUUCAACUUUUGCCCAGAAUUACCGGCCAGCCUCGUCGCGACGACGAGACCCUCUUCUCGUUGUCCGGAAGGACCGAAACAUACCACGUGCCACGGCAAGCUAUGAUAUCGUGAUCGAUCCGUUAUCGUCACCUUCGAAUUGCUCACAGAGUGCACGGUCGACGAUCGACGGUCCAAGGUCCGGGCUGAAAUAUCCUCUGGGACUUGGCAGCCAUGUCUUUCCUGAGGUCUACCGGGGAUCUAAUCGGUUUCCUGAUCCUCACGGUGGUCUCCAUCGUCGAGAGCAUCGUCAAAUUGUUAAUUCCGAUGAAAUACAAGAUGAAAAGCAUCGCCGGUGAGGUGGCUCUGGUGACCGGGGGCGGGGGCGGUCUGGGCAGACUGAUCGCCCUCAGGCUAGCAAAUCUUGGCGCCAUCGUUGUCAUCUGGGACGUUAACAAACCCGGCAUGGAGGAAACCGUUAAAUUGGUGCAAGCCGCAGGCGGAACCUGUUACGGUUACGUUUGCGAUCUGUGCAACCGGGAGGAUGUUUACAAGAAAGCGGCAUUAGUCAGGGAAGAAGUUGGAAACGUGACGAUAUUAAUAAACAAUGCUGGUGUCGUAAGCGGAACGAAAUUUAUGGACACACCGGACAAGCUCAUUAUCCGUACAAUGGAUGUAAAUGUAAUGAGCCACUUUUGGACGACGAAGGCGUUCUUACCUUCGAUGAUGGCGGAUAACAAGGGCCACAUCGUAAGCAUAGCUAGUUUAGCUGGACACAUAGGGGUACCAACGUUGGUGGACUAUUGUACCUCAAAGUUCGCGGCAGUUGGAUUCGAGGAAGCACUUCACAUGGAACUAGCGGCUGAUGGAUAUAACAUCAAUACCACGGUCGUAUGUCCGUUUUUCAUUCGUAGUACUGGCAUGUUCGGAGACGUUGCGCCUAGAUUCGUCCCAAGGCUUGGCCCGAACGAAGUGGCGGACCGUGUGGUGUCCGCUAUGAGGUGUAACGAGAAAAUCGCUGUAGUGCCAGGUUACCUUUACAUUCUCCUCGUCCUGAAAUGGGCUUUUCCAUGGGCCUGCGCAGGGAUGUUCAUCCGCGGCGUAGUUCCGAGCAAACGUAGCCACAAUACGUUCAAAGACACGUCAAUAAUUAAGAAGGAAAGUGUUCCCAGCGUGCUGUCCAAGGAUCAGAACGGCGCUAACAUCCAUCAGCAACUGACCAGACGCGUUUCCAGCUCCGAAAGGAAGCCUUAAUCGUUGUGUAAAAUGUUUUUAAAUGGAUAAACGAAUCAACUCAGUCCAUCGAACGAUAAUCAUACACCAUCGAUUCACGAUACGUUGAUAACGACCGCGUAAUUAUAAGGCAUAUCGAAGAAUUCUCGUCACGCGUGAGGUAUACGUUAGAGUUUUCUCGCUCGUCGAGCAGCUUGUUCUUGAGCGAGUUGUUGCGCAAAAUUGAAACAAGUUUCGGUCAAAGAGAAUGGACUUUAUAGAGCGUCUUCGUCGCGGGUUUGCUGGCCCAAGAGACUUGAAAUUUCAAUCCCAAGCAGUAUAAGUACGCUUAUUCUUGUUGGCCAUAUGGGAAACAAUGGCACGGUUAGGAGUGAAAGUUUCAAACGCGUUUCGUUGCCCAUAUUUGUUGGCAACACGUCGCGUUUGUUGAAGAAUGUCGCGUGUUACGAGCAAGAUUUGUUCGUUUCGGCGUUAUCGAACAGUGCAUUAACGUUUCGUACGAUCGAGGAGAGGACUUUCUAGUUACGUCUAGCGAUUCAGCGAGCAAGAACCACGGGUACAAUUUAACGUAAUCGGUACCGAUGUGAUACAUUGAACACUGUUGUACGUCAGCACUAGCAUUAAGAGUAAUCUAAGACUUUUUUUAUUUGUAACUUGUGGUUAUAACGGAACGAAUACAGGCGCUUAUUUAUCAGAGCCCAUGUAACCGUUCGAACCGUACGCGAACAAACACACAGAUGUCAAACAGAGAAAUAAAGUAUGUGUAGUAUUUACACAAUUGCCCACGUGAACUACCGAUUCGUGGAAUGGAACAAUACGUCGAAGAUUUUUAUUCGAGUGCCAUAUGUUAUCCACGAUACGCAAACAAUUUAGGAACUCUGGUGGAAACACUUUGAACAAAAUGUCUAUUUUUAUGAAAUAUAUGAGAUUGUAUUUGUUUUAAAGGGAUACUUCCGCCUGGACCGCAAUUUUUUAAUAGUUUUUUUAAAAAUUAUUAUUAAAGGGAGGUAAUUUUUUUUCAUUCAAUUUGAAUAUAUAGCUCUAUAUUUUUAUAUUUUUAGAGCAUCUUCAACUUUUUUUUAUACAAAAAUAUUAAGAAUUAUAAGAGCUACCAUAAAUUCAGUAAAGGUUCACGAUUCUGCCACGCCGCGUCGUUCUGUUUGUCUGAAACGUACCUACAAAUAGAAGCGUUUCAUCGAGCAAUGCCAACUUACCUUCCUACAGUUGUUAAAUGAAUAUAUUAAUGGAAAUCGAUAGUUAUCCACACUUUUUUAUUUAAAAAAUAUUCCUUUGCGCCAUCUGAGAUUGCAUACCCUAAUUUAUUGGUGUUUGAGCAAGUUUAAAGAAAGAAAAGGAAAUAAAAAAAAUACAAUUAUAAUUAAUAUCGAACAUUUUUUACGCUAUAAAAUCAUUUGAAUAGACGAUACUUUGAUGAUUUUGAGAAGUAUUUUUAUAACCAUCGUUUCUACGUCUUCAAAGACACGGGAUUUAUUAAAGAAUAUGUAUAUCUUCUAAUAAAUUAUUAAUCCAGUUAAUAGCGAGGGAAACGAAAUACAAAUGUACAAUUUCAAAUAGAGAUUUCGCGAUUAGACCAACACCGGAUAGCGCAAUCGUUCCACGGAUGGGAUAGUGCGCAAGGUUACGAGUUUCUAUCCUUUUCGAUUACUUUGUAGACAACGAUACGGCAAUAGUAUGACCAUAUGCAACUUGUGUUAGAUAGUCGUUGCACAAGCACAGCUAUUCAUAGAUAAAAUGCAAUCCUAUUAGAGUGCACGAUCCACAUAUUUUCAUUCCCGUUUCCUUGUCUAUAUUUUUGUAAACCUUUUGAUGUACCAAACAAUAUUUAUUAUACAUAUUUUAAUUCGAAAUUAAUUGUUAUUAAUGUCACCAUUAGUUCCUGUAGUUGAAACGCCAGUGAAUCGACACAUUUACAUAUUCCGUGUUCCAUUUUUUCGUGUAAAAAGAAAAAAGUGAUUCGAGACUUUCGCUGUGUGUAAGUAAUGGCCGUCAUUCUUUCGUACACCAUACAAAACUCUUUUCAAUCAUUUCUAUAGUGAUAAUGAUAUGCGAACGAUAGGUAGACUCGUCACCGCGUAAUUGCGAUACACGCAAGUGGGUGGACACACUUUCCAUGUCUACUGUGACUAUUAAAUGUAUAUGUAUAAAGGGUGUGAUGAGUAAAACAUAUUCAAGGCCGUCUUUUCAUUAAACAAAACACAAGUACUUCUUAUCGCUCGUGCAAUUAAAAAUUUAAUCUAGGAUUACAAUAAACGUUAUUAUUGAGCAUAUUAAAGAAUAAUUUCCAAACAUGACAAGA